AUGAAUCUACCCUACAAAUGGCCCAUAGGCCAGAAAGGGACCCACCGGUCCUCCCCCCUGGGAAGCUCGCUGGCCAGCACCGCACAGGACCCACCGGUCCUCCUCCCCCCAUGGGGAGCUCGCUGGCCAGCAUCGCAGAGGACCCACCGGUCCUCCUCCCCCCUGGGGAGCUCGCUGGCCAGCACCGCACAGGACCCACCGGUCCUCCUCCCCCCUGGGGAGCUCGCUGGCCAGCACCGCACAGGACCCACCGGUCCUCCUCCCCCCUGGGAAGCUCGCUGGCCAGCACCGCACAGGACCCACCGGUCCUCCUCCCCCCUGGGGUGCUCGCUGGCCAGCACCGUACAGGACCCACCGGUCCUCCUCCCCCCUGGGGAGCUCGCUGGCCAGCACCGCACAGGACCCACCGGUCCUCCUCCCCCCUGGGGAGCUCGCAGGCCAGCACCGCACAGGACCCACCGGUCCUCCUACUCCCUGGGGAGCUCGCAGGCCAGCACCGCACAGGACCCACCGGUCCUCCUCUCCCCUGGGGAGCUUGCUGGCCAGCACCGCACAGGACCCACCGGUCCUCCUCCCCCCUGGGGAGCUCGCAGGCCAGCACCGCACAGGACCCACCGGUCCUCCUCCCCCCUGGGAAGCUCGCUGGCCAGCACCGCACAGGACCCACCGGUCCUCCUACUCCCUGGGGAGCUCGUAGGCCAGCACCGCACAGGACCCACCGGUCCUCCUCCCCCCUGGGGAGCUCGCUGGCCAGCACUGCACAGGACCCACCGGUCGUCCUCCCCCCUGGGGAGCUCUCAGGCCAGCACCGCACAGGACCCACCGGUCCUCCUCCCCCCUGAAGAGCUCGCUGGCCAGCACCGCACAGGACCCACCGGUCCUCCUCCCCCCUGGGGAGCUCGCAGGCCAGCACCGCACAGGACCCACCGGUCCUCCUCCCCUCUGGGAAGCUCGCUGGCCAGCACCGCACAGGACCCACCGGUCCUCCUACUCCCUGGGGAGCUCGCAGGCCAGCACCGCACAGGACCCACCGGUCCUCCUCCCCCCUGGGGAGCUCGCUGGCCAGCACUGCACAGGACCCACCGGUCGUCCUCCCCCCUGGGGAGCUCGCUGGCCAGCACCGCACAGGACCCACCGGCCAGCACCGCACAGGACCCACCGGUCCUCCUCCCCCCUGGGGAGCUCGCUGGCCAGCACCGCACAGGACCCACCGGUCCUCCUCCCCCCUGGGGAGCUCGCUAA